AAAGAGUAGCCCUUUUUAGAAUCGGCUCUGGGCUGUGUGCGCGGGGAAGAGGAAGAUGAGCAAUGGAAACUGUCCCAAGUUCUUCUGUUGAACAGCAAGGCUCUGACAAUGAUUGUGACCCAGAAAGCAAAAUAGAUCCAGAUACCCAAGCCCUAGAGUAUGUGGAGCGUGUUCUUGGAACUUCAAAUCAGUCCAGGCAAGCAAUCCAGUGUCUGCCUCUAGAGUCUCUCUCAAUAGGUGGUAAAGUCCGAACAUCAGACCUCAAAUCACCUCUAGAACUGAAAAAAUCUUCUGUUGAAGAAACUGCUUCAGGACUAUUAUCUCUUCCUCUAGAGUUGAUUUUAGAAAUCUGUUCCUAUCUGCAAGCCAGGUUUGUUUUGCAUGUCCUUCCUUUAGUUUGCAGGACACUGAGGGACAUUGUGCAAGAUGAAGUCACUUGGAGAAUUCGAGUUUUAAGAAAUGGCAAUUGCUAUCCAGUUGUAGAAGGUAAUGAUUUUAACUGGCCAACAGCUUGCAUUGAACUAGAGGAACACCUCCAACAAUGGACAGAGAAUGGCAAAAACACAGAGUAUUUUUCCCUUACUGAAGGGCACUUUGCUUCUGUUGAUUCUGUACUGCUCCUUCAGGGUGGGGAUCUGUGUAUUUCUGGCUCUCGAGACCGAAAUGUCAAUUUGUGGGAUCUAAGGCAGCUGGGCAAAGCACCAGAAAAAGUUCUAGUGAAAACGCUGGGGACAGAGCCCAAUGGAACACACAAGGGAUGGGUUUGGUCUCUGGCUUCACGUGAUAACUGUGUAUGUUCAGGCUCCUGGGACAGCACAGUGAAGUUAUGGGAUAUAGCUGCUGAUGGAAAACAGUUUGGCGAAAUCAGGGAAAGCAGCUGUAUUGGUGCCUUUCCUUAUUUGCCCGACAUUCUGGUCACAGGAACAUAUGACAAGAAAGUGUCAGUCUAUGAUCCACGCGCUGCUUAUGCCCCAGUGAUGAGCCGCAGGCUUCACUCCAGUGCAGUCCUAUCCCUUGCAGCUGACGAACACUUCAUUAUCUCUGGCAGUGAGGAUCGGACGCUGGUAUGUUUUGACAGGCGGACCAAUAGUGUACUUCAAAGGCUUCAGCUGGACACAUACCUAUUUUCCAUGUCAUACCAGGGUUCUCAACUAUGGGCUGGAGACAAUCAUGGAAUGCUGUAUGUCUUUGAGAACAAUGGAGGGCAUUUCCGGCACAUUCGGUAUUUUGAUGUAGGUCAUCUCUCUCAGAUCACUGGAGUCCAGUACUCAUUGGGUGCCCUGUAUACAACUUCUACUGACAAGACGCUCCGUAUCCAUGUUCCUACAGAUCCACCAAAGGUCAUCUGCUCACAGACCCACAGCUGUGUGCUAAAUGGGAUCUGUGCUGAAGGAAAUAUGGCAGUAGCUGCCUCAGGUGGUUUAUCCUUGGAGGUUUGGAAACUCAGUAUUUGAUGACAAGUCACAUAGUGAUCCUUCCUCUCAAGUUCAGGAUCAUCAAGUAUUGAAUUAUUUCUUCAUAGGUCCCAGACUCCUGGUGUCUGCUGAAUUGUUGUUGUUGUUGUUUAAUAUGUUCUUUGGGGCUGAAUAAUCAAAUGUUGAAACCUCAGUCUUGCUUGUCCCAGUAGGGGUAACACAGAGGCUUGUAUGGAGACUAUCUGAUUCACACUUGAACCUUAACCGUAAUCCUUUCUUGCUGGCCAUCUCUCUCAUUUCAUCUUGUGUG